UGUGAGGUUGGGAUUGUGUUUGGGAUCGAAAACGGUGGAGGUGAGCUUUUUGGCCAUGAAGUGCUUCAAGAGUCGGCUGGGGCAGGAUAUCGAGAAACAAGGUGCCAAGCUGUCUAAACCUCGUUGGGACAGCAUCCCUAAAAACAAGGUCCCCACAGACCAGACCAUGGUGGUAGGGGGCAGGGACAAGGACCCAUACAGCCAAUCAGCAGGUCCACUGAGGAAGCGUCGCCAGCGAUAUGUGGAGAAGGACGGCAAGUGCAAUGUUCACCACGGCAACGUGCGAGAGACAUACCGUUAUCUAACAGACAUCUUCACCACGCUGGUAGACCUGAAGUGGCGCCUCAACCUACUGGUCUUCACCCUGGUCUACACAUCCACCUGGCUUUUUUUCGGUCUCCUGUGGUGGCUCAUUGCCUACUCCCGUGGAGACCUUGACCAUACCCAGGACAGCACCUGGACACCGUGCGUCAACAACCUCAACGGUUUUGUCUCUGCCUUCCUCUUUUCCAUCGAGACGGAGACCACCAUUGGCUAUGGCUACCGUGUCAUCACAGACACUUGCCCAGAGGGCAUAAUGUUGUUGUUGGUCCAGGCUAUCCUAGGCUCCAUUGUCAAUGCUUUCAUGGUAGGCUGUAUGUUCGUCAAGAUCUCCCAGCCCAAAAGGAGGGCAGAGACCCUCAUGUUCUCUCACAAGGCGGUGGUGUCUCUACGCGAUGGCCGACUGUGCGUCAUGUUUCGGGUUGGUGAUCUGAGAAACUCUCACAUUGUGGAGGCCUCUAUCAGAGCUAAGCUGAUCCGCUCCAGGCAGACCAAGGAGGGUGAGUUUAUCCCCUUGAACCAGACAGACAUCAACGUGGGCUUUGACACCGGAGAUGACCGUCUAUUCUUGGUGUCUCCGCUUAUCAUCUGCCAUGAGGUCAACGAGAACAGCCCCUUCUGGGACCUCUCCCAGGAGCAGCUGGCCACAGAGGAAUUCGAGAUUGUCGUCAUCCUGGAAGGCAUGGUGGAGGCUACAGGGAUGACAUGCCAGGCCCGGAGCUCCUACCUGAGUUCGGAGGUGCUGUGGGGCGAACGCUUCACACCUGUGCUAUCCCUGGAAGAGGGCUUCUACGAGGUUGACUACGACACCUUCCAUCACACUUACCCCACCCCAACUCCCGCCUGCUCGGCCCGAAAGCUGGCUGAACUGGCCCAAAAGGACGAAGCCUUCCCUCCGCCCCCGCUCUCCCCUUCGCCUCCUCUCUCCCCACCUGCUCCCCACUCUCCACCGCCGCCCCAGACUCUGCCCCCUAAGCGGCCAUGCAUGGAGGAGAAGACAGAUAAAGGGGAUGAGGGGGAAGGCAGGGUGGAGGGAGACAGUAGGGGAGAGGGCGUCAUAAGAGGAAGAUAG